AAUUUUCAUGUUUGCGUCUUUCACACGAACCUCGUGCCUUCAUUCCUUAUUUUCCGUGAUGAUAUCAUGACUCGGUAGCCCUACAGCUUUGGUUUUAGAGAGAUGGAGCCGUCGAGUUACAGAGCGGGGGAGAAGGCUAUCCAGUCUCCCAGCUGCAUGCUCUCUAAUAACCAAAGCCUCGGAGAAGAGAGGAGAGGGAGGGGGACUCAAUAGGGAGGCAAUGAAACGGACUCAUCCGCGUAACUAGACAUUACCAGUUCAGUUCAGUGUUCAGAGCAUGCGAGAGCGUAGCUAGACCAACCGCAUUCAGUUAUAACUACAAAGGAAUAGAGAGGGAGAAAAUUGAAGUGUUCCAGCCUAGGGAGGCGGCGAGGAAAGGAGCAAGACAUAGGCUACUGGCGGCUUUCGAGCCUCACGGGCAUAUACACCCCGUGUCCAGAAUUUACGGCGAUUCUUGGCAUCAGCUUAUUGUACAAAAUUGCGGAUUUAUAACUGAGUGAAGUCGGGGAUAGUCAUCGACAGUCCUAUCCUUCACAAUGAAGAAAAACAAUUCAGCUAAACGGGGCCCGCAGGACACAAACCAGCACAACACGCAGCCAGACAAAAUCGGUUGGAUUCGCAAGUUCUGUGGCAAAGGGAUAUUUAGGGAGAUCUGGAAAAAUCGUUUUGUAAUACUCAAAGGAGACCAACUUUACAUCUCAGAGAAAGAGGUGAAGGAUGAGAAGAAGAUCCAGGAGGUGGUUGACCUGACGGAUUACGAGCGUUCUGAGGAGCUCCGCAAGGCCAAGAGCCGCAGCAAGAAGAACCACAGCAAGUUCACCCUGCUGCGCUCCAGAACCCCAGGCAACACGGUCCCUAACCUGGUGUUCCUGGCUGUUAGUCCAGAGGAGAAGGAGUCCUGGAUAAACGCCUUAAAUGGAGCAAUCACCAGAUCCAAGAACAGCAUCCUGGAUGAGGUGAUGGUUGAGGAUGAAAACCUUCUGUCCCAUCUGACACGGGACAGGGCUAAGAUCCCUCACACACGGCGCCUGCCUACACGAGGACACAUCAUGGCUGUGGCCUCCACUUCUACCUCUGACGGCAUGUUGACCCUUGACCUGAUCCAGGAGGAGGACAGCCCCAGCACAGACGGCCAGGACACCUGUGACAAGAGCUUCCGGGCCAACCUGGACAAAUCCACUCAGCUCGACUGCCUCAGGUCCAAAACAGAGGGUGCCAUCAGUAGCAUCUGUCUAGCGACUCCCGCAGAGGUCACUGGGAAGUCCCAGAGCCUGCCGCGCGAUACCGGGGUCACCUGGGACGACAAACAGCAACUUCAGAGCCCGAUGGGGAAGUCCUGCACUCCUCAGCCGGGCAAGAGGCUCACACCGGCCGAGAAAAGCCGCUGCGCCUCCAUGGACGAGAUCCUCUCACACUCCGGGACGCAGGCCACCAAACCCAGGACAUCCAUCCCCCGCUCUGCCACCUCCGCCCCCCCGGGCAACCUGCCGCCCAUCAGCCAGCUGCAGGACCUAAUCGCUCAGAAGCUGGAGAGAACUCAGGAGCUGCUGAUGCAGGUGCAGGGGACGAAGGGGCAGGAGGUGGAGCGGGGGAAGGGGAAAGGGAAGGACUCGCCAGGUUCCAAGGGCUCCAGGGGUUCCUCGGACGGGGCCCGGGCAGAGGCAGAGAGGCUGCUGAAGGAGGCAGCGUCCACAUGGGGUCAGGCCAAGGAUGUUCUAGAGGAGGUGAAGGAGCUGAGGGCUCUCUACCGUCAUCUGGACUCCUCGCCCAUCACCCCUGCCUCCCUCUCACCCCUCACACCCUCCAACAGCGGCAAGCAGACUGACUACAGGAAGAGCAUGAUGUGACCGUCAGAGAACUCAACACAGACUGGACUAUGAAUCCCUAAGCAAAAAAAAACAUCUCAACAUGCAAAGCCACAAUAUUGUUAAAUAUGUCUGUUUCUCUCCUUCUGUGUCCUUUCACUUUAUUGAUGCUGUGACAAAGUGAGGACAUUCAGUUGCCCAACGACGUCCCCUGUGCUUGACCACUGUGCCCUUACAUGUCUGCUUGAUGAAGGGUGUGGGGGGCAAAGGGAAGGGGCCAAUCUAGGGUCUGAGGUACAUGUUGGCCAGGGAGUCCAGUAGAGAUCCUGUCUCUCUGUACUGACCGGCUGCUGAAAGACCUUGUGAUACUGCAGUGUCGGGUUUUACUCACAAUCUCAAUGUUUUCCUCUGCGUUGGUUGUCAAACAGGGGAUGUUGCAAGGUUUGGGCGGGGAAUCAGAAGGGCUCUGCUCUCCAGGGAUAGACACACAGUGGUUGAGGAUAACUCAGAUUACAGGAAGGGAAACAUGGCGUCCAGACCAGCCCGCAUGUUGGGAAUGGGAAUGUUUUCCUUUUUCUGUUAGGUUGGUCUGAGCCAGAUUCCCAACGACCACCACUCUAAAAGCAACAGCAGCCCACCCACCGUACACCGUACAGUACAGCAUUCUCCCUCCCUCCCUCCCUCCCUCCCGCUGCUGCUCUGGGAAUGGAGCUCGGUGGACUCCUCAUCUCUGCUGGUCCAUUAUGAUUCACAGGGGCAAGGGGAACCAGUUCACAUAGUCAGAACGCACUGGCGUUCCAUAGGGUGUUUCUGUCUGUUCCAUGAGCCAUAUGAUACAGUCAAAAUGGAGGACGUCUGUCUGGGUUGUGUUGUUACUAGAUGGUACAUACUAGGACAGGGCUGUUCCUUUCUUGUUGGCCUACAGCCAGUUGUCUUCAGCCAGUUGCCACUGCAGCCAUUGAUUCUCGUGCUGCUGUAGAGCCAUGGAGCCGGGAUGGCGUCUGUGUGUGUCUGGUGUGAGUGGUGAUUCUCAUGCUACUGUAGAGCCAUGGAGCCGGGAUGGCGUCUGUGUGUGUCUGGUGUGAGUGGUGAUUCUCAUGCUACUGUAGAGCCAUGGAGCCGGGAUGGCGU